AUGAUUACCCCGCCAGGUGUGGGACAGGAUCGCGUAACUGGGAACGUCACGGUCAACAAACCUUUCCUAUUUCACACCGUUUCAACUCGACAUGGCUAUGCUAUAGCUUCUUUUUGCCUUGCCUCGACACCAUACUGCUGGUUCGGCGCGCCGGAACCAGGCGUCCAGGGCGACCUGUUCAUUCUCCUGUCGCAGGAUCGCUGGGUGCGCGUCCGCGGGCCAGUCGACGAUCUCAAGGCACUCACGUCUGGGACGUGGUUAAGCGAGCCCACAACGCUCGAGACGUUCUUUGGCGCAGUAGCCAAGCUGCUCGUUUAUGCGAACGUGGCCGUCGCGGGGCAUGCGACGGACGCUGGCGUCUAUACUAUCGUGUCUAUGUUGCUCGUCAACGGCGGGCUGUUGGCGUUGGACAAUCUCCGGGUCCGGAGCUUGACCAUGUACGGGAGGACGAUGGAGGCUGUAGGCGAGCCAAAGAGGUAUUUCAGGAGGAGAGAUCUGGCAGAGCAGUUGAUUAAGGAGUCGGGGAGGAAUGAUUGGGCGGUAGCGAUGGGCUUGAUUGUCAAGGAUAAAGCGUCGACGGAGAAGGAUGAGGGGGUUAGGGUGACUAUGUGAUGAUGUUUUGCUCAAGUUAAGUUAUUAUUUCAGGCGUUAAACCGGGUAACGCGCGAGAAGGGAAUCCGCAAUAAGUAAUCAAAGCUGAUUAUAGUUCGUUAAUGACGACCGGACUACUAUCAGUUAGGGCGCCAUUGAUCAGACAUACCCCCUCUGUUACUCGGAC